AUGGCCAAGUGUCCCAAGUGCACCAAGGAGGUUUACUUCGCUGAGCGCAAGACCUCCCUCGGCAAGGACUGGCACGCCUCGUGCCUGCGCUGCAACCACUGCAACAAGGUCCUGGCUCCCGGCUCCCACGCUGAGAACUCCGGCCAGCCCUACUGCCACAACCCCUGCUACUCCAAGCUCUUCGGCCCCGGUGGCUUCGGUCGCGGCGGUGCCGAGUCCUACCAGGCCUUCGGUGGCUCCUCUUCCCCCCAGUAA